AUGCAGCAGGCGGUGGUGCCGACUGUCGCGGCCCUCUCGCGCGCGUUUCUACGCGUGGGAUGUCGUCGUGUGCGUGUGGAAGGCACGGAAGCUUUUACGGAGCUUUUAUGCAGUCCGGAACGCAUGCAGGAAGGCCGGGGUAUUGUCACUUGUAUCAUGGAUGAGCCAGUUAUGUGGGGGUGUUUGCCUCGCCAUACCUUCCGCGAUGAACGUACCGUCCGAUGGAGCUUGGGGGCUAGCGAGAUCAUUUUCAAAAACGAUAUCUGCCGCUGGUUCUUCCGGCAUGGCCAGACACUGGAAGUGUUUCGUGGCAAUGGCAUCUACCAAAAAGCGAUAGAAGACGCGUUGGCCAUACUGGCAGAAGGGCGAUGGGUCCACAUUUUCCCUGAAGGUCGUGUGAAUGUGUCCACGUCGACGUACUUACCCCGUUUCAAAUGGGGCGUGUCGCGACUCGUGCUGGAAGGCCCGAAGCUGCCGUACGUUGUACCGAUCUGGCUUUCUGGCUUUGAUCAGAUCAUGCCACAGCCACGUGCUCCGCCGACGUGGAUGCCUCGCCUUGGGGCUGAUAUUACUAUCACGUUCGGCGCACCCAUCGAAGUCGAUCCCUAUGCCGAAGCGUAUGCUGCAUGGCAAGCUGAUCCUGCCGCAAACCUAACGAUGCCUCCAGUGGAUGCGCCACGUGGGCAUCUGUAUACCAAUGCGCCUCUUCGCCCAGGCGAUCAUCCCACCUACGCCGCGCUUCGCAGCCGCCUCGCCGCACAUUUGCGGGCGUCGCUGGCGCAGCUCGGCUCAAAAAUGCGCGAGUACUAUGGCUACGGGCCAGGGGAGGGGACAUUGGUGCACGGCGCAUCGACUCCUCCUUAA